CCCCUCGUUCAAUGGUUCAGACAGUCAUGUCUAUUUAGUUCAAACAAUUUGAACGUCGAAGAAUGCCUCCUGAUGAGAAGUGAACUUUUUUAAUGAGUACCAGACGGAAGUUCUCGCUUAACCCUCUUUCUGUAGAAUAAAUAAUCGAAGCAUUUUAAUGAGUAAUGUGUGGAGAAAACCCUUCUUUUCUUAAACGUUUGGUUAUAACCUGACGAAGAAGCCCAUGGAUACAGGUGAAAAGGGGAGGAGACGGAAACAAAGUGUGCGAGCCAGCGGCUCGGUGCUAGGGUUGAAGAAUGAAAAAAUCAAAAAGGAAGAGGUGCAUGUUUUAAAAUCAUUGACUGUAGCGAAUACAGAAGACAAUGACGUUCUAAUGGAGGAUGACCGCUAUCCCGGCAGCUUUCGUAAGAGCGGGAAAUUGGAGCGUAGGGUAAUGGCACCGAGAUACAGUUUGUUGCGAGAGGUGGGACGAGGAAGCUAUGGCGUGGUGUACGAGGCCAUUGCGCGGAGGUCCGGUGCAAGGGUAGCGGUAAAGAAACUUCGCUGCGACGCUCCUGAAAAUGUCGAGCUUGCGCUCGCCGAGUUUUGGGCCUUGACAAGCCUUGAGAAGCGACAUGAGAAUGUGGUGCAGCUGGAAGAAUGCGUUUUGCAAAAGAACGGUUUGGCACAGAAAAUGAGCCAUGGGAACAAGCGAUCCAGGCAGUAUUUGCGGUUGGUGGAGACUUCACUUAAAGGUGAGAGAGUUUUGGGGUACCCCGAGGAGCCCUGCUACCUGUGGUUUGUGAUGGAGUUUUGUGAGGGCGGGGACCUCAACCAGUUCAUCCUCUCUCGCCGUCCGGACCCCCGAACCAACAAGAGCUUCAUGCUGCAGCUCACAAGUGCGGUGGCCUUCCUCCACAAGAACAACAUUGUCCACCGGGACCUGAAGCCGGACAACAUCCUGAUCUCAGAGAAGUCGGGCGCGCCCGUUCUCAAGGUGGCCGACUUCGGCCUGAGCAAGGUGUGCGCGGGCCUGGGCGGGAGGGAAAAGGAAGGGGAAGACGGGAGCAAGAACGUCAAUGUCAACAAGUUCUGGCUGUCAUCGGCCUGCGGCUCGGACUUCUACAUGGCCCCCGAGGUGUGGGAGGGCCACUACACGGCAAAAGCGGACAUCUUCGCUCUGGGAAUCAUCAUAUGGGCCAUGAUCGAGAGGAUCACCUUCAUCGACGCCGAGUCCAAGCGGGAGCUCUUGGGCACGUACGUGCGGCAGGGGACCGAGAUCGUGCCAGUCGGGGAAGCGCUCUUGGAAAACCCAAAGAUGGUGCUCCACAUCCCCCAGAAACGCAGGACUUCUAUGUCUGAUGGGAUUAGAAAGCUCCUCCAGGACAUGCUGGCGGUCAACCCCCAGGACCGGCCCGACGCCUUCGAACUAGAGAACCGAAUGGACCAGGUCACGUGUGCCGCGUGAGGUUCAGAAGUUGAGUGAAUGCAUUCUUUGUUUUCCAGAUUUGUUUACGUCCAUUGCCUGAGGUUCUGCUUUUUUUUUUUGGGAGGUGGAAAAAGGGACUGAUCUUCUGAACUGUGAAACUUCCACUGUUAAAUGUGAAGAAAAAGGAAAUGGAAUAGCCUAAAUGGAGCCACUUGAGCAUACAUAGGACACAGGAAAUGGGAUAUCCUAUGCAAUGCAUUUGCACAAAGUCAGGUUUAUGUUUUCAAAUGUGCAUUUUUUUCAAAGCCUACCUAAUUAAAACUGCUUUUUGAAAUUUGUUUACCUUAUUUAGCAUAGAACUUAUUUGUACGUGGUAAUACUGGAAUAGCUAUGGAUAACCUAGGGAUUCAUUUCUGUGAUUAUGUUGAAAAUUGAGAUUUCUUUUGUUUGUGUUUUGCCAUUGGAUAUUGUUUUAUUUAGGCCAAUUCAUAAAAAAGUCCUCUGCUCCUAUGGGUGGGUUGGCUUUUGGAUUGAGCCAGUUUUAACCAUUCUCACCAAGGGUUCUCAGAGCAAGGCCACCUAGUCACAUUGUAUAUCGAGUCAUUGUCCCUGUAUUCAACACCUCAGGACCAAUUUUGUCAUUUUCACCAAGUUUUCUAGUCUUCCCAUGAAAUUAUCCUUUCAUGUUCUUGUUGUCGAGAAAAAAAAAAAAACACUUUGAUCAUUUCUGCUUGUAGAUCUGUGGUCUCAAAAGCCGUUACUGAAGCUCAUGUUUUUGGUGUAUUUUCCAAGUUUACAGAAGUAUGAUGCCCAAGGUAAAAUUUCUGAUUCAGUCUGUAGCAGAAAGGAAUUUAUGAAUGUGAACUGUUGAACAUACAUGUGCCAUUACCUUUAUUGUGAUUUUGGUAACAAAAGACAUUCGUAUUGAAAAUUGAAAUUAAGCAUGGCUUCUGUUUUUACCCCUCUAACCUUGGUGCCUUGGAACAUUUAUUAGUUAGAUGAGUGACUAAUUUGUCAAUUUUUGCAUGCAGUAAAUGCUCUUUUCACCAUAUUUUGCAGUUUUUUUGUUGAAGGUGUGCAUUUAUUCCCUCAGAUGCUGUUUUUAAACAUGAGAGAUUAAGAAUGAUGAAUGAUAACUCUUGGAUGCCGUAUAAUGAUGGAUCGACCUGUAGAGAUUUAAUCUCGAUUAAUUCUUACCAAUUUUUAUGUUUAUUGAAACAAUUCCUUCCAGUUAUUCAUUCAUUGCAUUUGCCCACAGAUUACAGUACGGUACAGACUGUAAAGGGAUCCGCUAAACUGGAAUACUUAAGCUUGUUCAAAGCUAUUAUAAGUUACUAUUAAGUGUCCUGCUUGCAAGUAUGUCUAUAUGCAUAAUGGAACACAUUCUUUUCCAAGUGGGAUGUAAAAAUGUCAAAGGCAAGCAAUCUAACUGAGUUGGGAUUCAAUCAACAUUUGUUCUUUGACUUAUAAAUACAUGCAAGUGCCAGCUCACCCUUUUUUUGGCUGGACUGAAACAGCAGGGCAAGCCCUACAAACGCGAAUGUCUGUGACUGAGUGACCGAGUGAUGAAGUCACACCAUUGGUCGGCCAGAUGAAGUAUGUUAGGUCCAGCCAUAUACUAGGUUUUGACCAGGUCUUGUUUUUUUUUUUUUUUAGAAUUUUAUUUUGGUUUGAUAGCUGAACUUGCCAAAGGGUGUUUGUAAAAAGAGAAAUAAAUAAAAACACUUGCAUUUUAACUAUGAUUCCAAGUUAAAGACAAAUUUUGACCAUUGUUUCAAUACUCCAAAAAGGAAAAAAAUGCCUAAAUUGAAUUGUACAGUGUAUAUCAUAACUGGUAAUAGUAGAGUAGGUUCACUGAAGCAAGCUAAUAUCAGUUUGAAUAAAAACUGCAUGGUGUUAUAAAACGAGAGCUUGCUAUCGGAACUCUUAAUAUAGUGCUUUGGCUUGAUUUCGUCAGUCUACCCCAGUAUCUAAAGGACACAAUUAUCUCCUUUGAUUGGAUUGUACAGUAGGAUUAAGUUUAACGAGCGGAACACUCCUACUACUAUAUGGGAUCAGUUUCAGUUUGUAUGGUCUUUCUCAUGUUUGUAUUUCACUUCCAUUUAUUUAAUUGCCUGUACACAUUUGCAUCAAUGAACUGUGAUGGUGGAUUGAGCUCAUUUGUAUUUUACUCCGUAUAGCCACUAGACCUCUCACGGCAAUGCCUCAAGGAAUGUUGAGUCGUAACUUGUGAAGAUAUUUCAAAAUGUAAGCUGUUUUUCGAUUCCUAAACCUUUUUCUGCAGUUAGCCCUUAUGUGCAUUUGUUUGCAGUAGAAUUGUUUACACCCAGACUAUGUGCUGUUGAUCACACUAGGCUGAAAUGUGCUUUUGUCCUGCAUCACAGCUCAGAACUAUGUGAUUUGCACUUUGAAUGGACAUGCGUUUUCUUCAGGACCACAGACACGGAUCACUCCAAUAAAACAACAGAUAUUGUUAUACCUCCCUGUUAUGUAACACUACUAACUUAACAGUACUACAUGUAUGUCAUUUAUCUAUUUGUAAUGAUACCUCAGGUUGGAGCAGUUGGAAGUUUUGGCUUCUUUUUCUCCAGAGUGACUGGUAAAUGUAAUGCUAUUAAAAAUGUCUUUCUUUCCUCCUGGUCGCUUCUCCGGCUUGCCUCGCAUGCCCUGCUAUCCCAACAUGCCUUGUGGCCACAAGAAAUUGCAUUGAAAAUGAAUGGAGGCGAUGUAGUCACCUGACAAAUUUGCUUCUCGUUAGAGGGUGUGUGGCUUCACCCUUACACCAAAAGUGGCACUCCUGCAAGGCGCAAUUCUUUUGCUUCGACUACCAAGUCUUCCAUAACUAAUUUGCUUUAUCGUGUUAUGUUCCAGCUUGGAUAGGUAGCUAGCUAAACAAGCUGAAAACCUUUUUACCCAAAUUGCUAACUAGCCAGAGUUACGUUCUAUUUCCCAACUCCAUAGCCAACAGUUUUUAGCAGAUAACUGGCUCAGUUGACUUACUUAACUAGAUACUUGGGUAGCUAGUUCAACACUCUGUUAACUACUUAGUACAUUACAUUAUUCCUUAUCUGGUACUACCUCAUGGACCAUGCUCCUCACAAGAUUUACUUUGCUUAAGCUAUCGAGUGUACUUCAGGUAUUACAUAUUGGCUGAGGAUAGAGUGGGCAGAGAUUUAGAGGGAACCACAAUCCUGUUGUGCUAAUCUGAUUAAUGCAGCUGUAAUGAAAGUAUCAGACUGGUAAUGGGGUUCGGUUUCAGAUGGGUCAAACUCAACAGACCAGUAUUUUCUGAAGUUCCUUCUGUAGUUAUGAACCUGACGGUGCUGGUUCACAGUUGCAUUGAACAGAUCUGAAAGACUGGAUUUGAAGUCAGUGGACAGAACUGUAUCUAAUUCAUGGGAGCAGUGGUUUUCACUUGCUCAGUCUGACAGCCAUGUUCUCGGUCUCAAAGCUAAUUUGGUCUGUGUACAGUUUCUGUGUUGCUGUUGAUUGUUCAUGAAGCUUGGCUUUUUGACAACAUUGCUUUGUAGGGGUGUAUUUCGUGUGGCGUAUUAAGAGUGCUGUGUUUUGGGAAGAGCUCUUUUGCAUGAAGUCUAACAGGAGCCUACAUCUGCCAUUGUAGAACCAUGAAACACAUUCUCUGUUAAUAUUUGGAGAUAUUUGUUGCUUGUUUUGGCCAUUUUGAUUUGCCAUGGGUAACAUUUAGUUCAUCAUUCAACUUUUAAGGAUAAACUCAUUCUAAUGGCCACCUGUUUUCCCAAGCCUCUUUCCAGUUUAUUGUGCUCUUUAGUGCAUUUGCAUAUAGGCUAUACCUCAUAAUUCAGACUUUAGUGCUCACGAUUCUUUUCCGAUUAAGACCGAGAAAUGUCUAGCAUGGGCUUCCUAUUGUGUGUCUUUUACCGAAAGGAUCGGUGCAGAUUUGGCCUGUAGCGUCUGCUUGUUUAAUGAUAAAUCUCUACUGUGAGUGAGUUGAGGUUGAGAACGGUUCUGCUCUUUGUGAUUUAUGUGGAAAUUAUUCAGGUGGGACUCCGGAAAUGCAUUUACUGUUCCUAUUUACUUUUCAGUUUAUGUUCACCAACUGAAAGCUUACUUAGAGCUCAAAACCCUUGCGUCACAGUCUUGUCCUUCCUGACCUUGUAGGUUUUGUGUGUUGCAUGACCACUAAAGUGUGUGUAAAGUACGUGCUUUAAAAUGGCUCUCUCCCGAUGUUUUGUGAAUUCCCCAUUGCUGCUGGUAUUUGACGUCAGUUUUAGCAACGGUCUGAAAGGUGAAAUGCGUUUGACUAGCACAGCACUCUCUGGUGUCAUUUCCUGUUCUGCAGGACGCACCAGUGACCUCUGACCUCUGGCACAGUAUUGGGUUUUCUCUUGCUCCAUGUGGAAAAUUAACUUGACAAACUCCUAUGCAACCUCCUCUCACUGGAAAAACACUGUGCAAAGCUUUUUUUAAUACUCAAGCUUGUACGCUUCUGAUCAGCUUCACUUGGUUUGGAGGAACACAGUAUAUUACAAUGUAAUGUGACAUUCUCCUUUUAAAAGUCUAAUGUUAUGGACAGUUUUGGCUGAAGAACUGGAGCCAAAAUGUGUUGGUGAUCAAUUUUGUUGUUUUUGUGUUUGUUUUCUUUCUCCUGUGUAAAUAAGUUGACUUCUGUUUGUCUUAAUAAAUGAUCAGAAAUGAAA